GAGCGUGACCGAAGGGACUUGGAGACUCGAGCUCCUCCAGCGCUCUGUAAAUCCAAUCCCCAGCCUUCGCCACUUAAGCUAGCUCCACCAUCACCCGGAGGACGCAUUAGCAUUGCACAGCCUCCCCCGGCCCGGGCCUCACCCCGUCCAGAAGGAGGAUGCGCCCUGCGCAGGAGCUGGUGGUGAAAAACUCUUCCCGCGAGUUCAGGAGCUCCACCACCUCCACCGCGUCCUCGUCCACACUGCCCUUGCGGCUAAGGUCCGCCUUGCUCAGACUCUGCGCCUUCCACCGGCCGAACUCCGCGCUACGGUCCAUGAGCGAGCGAGCGAGCUGGGGUCGGCUUUCUGCUCUGGAAUGCGCCUUCUUCUCCAUGGGCGCAGCCAUAUUGCCGCCACGGUGGCCGGAGAGGACCAAAGUUCCCCAUUGGCGCAACCAGGAGCAAGACGUGCGCCGCCAGACCGUACAGGCGUAAACCGAGAGGGGGAGCCUAGCGAAGUUAGGGAAAGCCAGCCCACCUCUUUCCCCACAGACCUUCUGGAGCUUAGGAGGUUUUGUUUCCUACUCUAGAGGAGGCCUCUAGGUCGCCAUGGCAACUGGGCAGAAGUUGAUGAGGGCUAUUCGAGUGUUUGAGUUUGGUGGACCAGAAGUGCUGAAGCUCCAGUCGGAUGUGGUCGUGCCUGUUCCACAGAGCCAUCAGGUCCUAAUCAAAGUCCACGCCUGCGGUGUCAACCCAGUAGAGACAUACAUUCGCUCUGGGGCCUACAGUCGAAAACCUGCCCUACCCUACACUCCAGGCUCUGAUGUGGCUGGGAUCAUAGAAUCCGUUGGAGACAAAGUGUCUGCUUUCAAGAAAGGCGACAGGGUCUUCUGCUACAGCACCGUCUCUGGUGGCUACGCGGAAUUUGCUCUUGCAGCCGAUGACACUAUCUACCCCCUGCCCGAGACACUGAACUUCAGGCAGGGGGCUGCCCUGGGGAUCCCGUACUUCACGGCCUGCCGAGCUCUGUUCCACAGUGCCCGUGCUCGAGCUGGCGAAAGCGUUUUGGUUCAUGGGGCCAGUGGAGGAGUUGGAUUAGCUACAUGCCAGAUUGCCAGAGCUCAUGGCUUAAAGGUUUUGGGCACAGCUGGUUCUGAGGAAGGAAAAAAGCUUGUUCUGCAAAACGGAGCCCACGAAGUGUUUAAUCACAAAGAAGCCAACUAUAUUGAUAAAAUCAAGAUGUCUGUUGGUGACAAGGACAAGGGGGUUGAUGUGAUUAUUGAGAUGCUGGCGAAUGAGAACCUUAGCAAUGACCUGAAGCUUCUGUCCCACGGAGGACGGGUCGUCGUUGUUGGCUGUCGAGGUCCCAUUGAGAUAAACCCAAGGGACACCAUGGCAAAAGAAACAAGCAUCAUUGGGGUCUCUCUCUCUUCUUCCACCAAGGAGGAAUUUCAACAAUUCGCAGGCCUUCUCCAAGCAGGAAUAGAAAAAGGUUGGGUGAAACCUGUGAUAGGUUCUGAGUAUCCAUUGGAGAAAGCAGCCCAGGCCCACGAAGAUAUCAUUCACGGCAGUGGGAAGACGGGGAAAAUGAUUCUCCUCUUAUGAGACCUGUGUCACUGGGCUCCUUCUUCCUCAAGUCUCUGCACCACCAUCUUUAAACAGUGUUAUUUGAUUGAGGUUCACGUAUUAAAAACAGGACUUUAGGGAGUAGACACAGUGAGUGACAUAAUUGCAGAGAGCAGGUGUGCCCAAUGGGGUCUGCGUGCAUCACAAAACUCUUUUCUUCCUUUUUCUUCAUUUUCUUAGUUUGGUUGGAUGUUUUUGUUUUGUGCUUGAGACAGGAUCAUUCUCUGUAGUUCAUGCUGGCCGUGAACUCACAGUGAUCUUUCUGCCUCAGCCGUCUAAAUGCUGGGAUAAUCAGUAGUGAUGCACACUACCACACACAGCUUCAUCUCAGACCUUCUUGUCUGAUUAAGUUCAGACCUUUGAAUAAAAUGUACAAGUUCAAAAUGGUCCUCUACUGACCUUCCUGGGCUCCCAAGCCUGCUACUCUUUAGGGAGUCACCUGCCCCCUCAGCCAUGGCUGUCUUGGGCCCUGAAGACUUUCUGGGCUGAAAAAUAUCCUUUUAAAACUAAUGUCAUCUCAGUCUGUAAGCCUCUGGAAAGCUUCGGCAAAAAUGAGCAAUACUUGGGAGACCUCCCAGUCAGCUUUCCUAACAUUUUUGAGAAUAUCAGAAUACUGCAUGCCGGUCACCAGCCACCUGUAGUCUGGGGGGUCAGCAGCCACCUGUAGUCUGGGAGGUCACCAGCUACCUGUAGUCUGGGAGGUCAGCAGCCUUAUCCUGGGUCUGUGGUCUUCAGUAUGGUCACCCAUCAAAUGCUUCAUGGUCACUUAUAGUUUGCUGUAUAUGUGACAUGAGUCUCAUAGUUUCACUUAAAAUUGUAAGUUCACAAAUUUAACAUGUUAAGACCUGUCUGCUUUGGUUUUCAUAGUAUCUUAACCUGGAGUAAAUUCUGUAGAACACUGAA